AUGCCUACCGAGCUCGAAGAACUCGUGGGCUUCAUCACCCAUCAGAACCCUCAGAUCAGGCUACUUGCCACUGAGAAUCUGGUUCCAUAUUCACUCUCAGAUCCCAGCAUCUUCAAAGUGGAGGACAUGAGGCCGAUCAAGAACCUCAAAGUUCUGCUAAACGACCAUCAUACAGUCGCAGAGCAUGCAUUGAGCUGCUUGAUAAACCUGUCAGGCGACCCAGAUGUUCUGGAAUGCUUAGCAUCGGACGAUAAAUUCUUGGACUUGGUCUUGUCGUUUAUUGUGGGGCCCAAGGAAGAGAAUGCCAACCUUCUCACUAUGGUCUUGGCCAACAUGACGAAAUCGGACAGUCUCAAGCGGAUAAUGGAUAAAAAGCAAGAGCCCCCCAAAGAGUUAAACUCCGAUGACUGCAUCCUGAACCAGCUCAUGGAUCUCUUCGUCAAGGGUCAAGCUGGCUCCUACAAUCCCAAGGCCGACUUUGACUAUCUCGCCUAUGUUUUUGCUGAUUUGUCCAAACAUGACAAUAUCCGCAAGUACUUUGUCACUGAGCAAGCUUUCGAUAAAGUUAUCCCCAUCACCAAGCUCAAGGUAUUCACCGAGCAUGAGUCGGAUAUUCGCCGCAAAGGUGUCGCCAGCACGCUCAAGAACGUCGCCUUCGACGUUGACUCACACCCUUCGUUCCUUUCUACCGAAGGCAUCGAUAUUCUCCCAUACAUCUUGCUUCCAAUUACCGGGAACGAGGAAUACGAUGUCGACGAGACCAUGGACAUGCUUCCCGACCUGCAGCUGCUGCCGCCCGACAAGAAGCGCGACUCGGACAACACCAUUAUCCAGACACAUCUUGAGACUCUUCUGCUACUCACAACAACGCGACCGGGGCGCAAAUACCUUCGUGACGUCAACGUUUACCCCGUCGUGCGUGAGACACACAACCGGGUCAACGAUGAGGAGGUCCAGGCGGCCUGUGAUAGACUGGUUCAGGUCCUCAUGCGUGACGAGGAAGGCGAGGGCCAAGUGCCUGACCAGAAGAGAAUGACGGAACUCGCAGACGAAGAAGAAGACAUCACUGAAGUUUAA